UGAUACAGACAUCAAUCCAAUCUUAAAUUCUUAAUCCAAAACUUUAAAUAGUCCGUCUAACUAUCUCACUCAAUAUUUCCAUUUCCGUCCUACUUCCCUACCAUACUCACCAACUCUCGAACCUCCUCCAUUAUCAAUCAUUCCUUCAAAUUAAUCCAAAAUUUCAACAAUGGCGUCCAUUAUCCGCAAAUCAAUCGUCAAACGAAUAAUCGCUAACCCAUCGUCCUUAAUCUGCAGAUCAAUCUUCACUGAUUCCUCCAUUAAUCCUGCUCUAAUCUCAUCCUCUCUUCCUUCUUCUUCAGCAUCGUUUUCUUCGUCGUCGUAUAAUGUGAGCGGUGGUGGAGCUUCGUAUAUGAGGGGCAUGAUGUUCACUAAACCGAAUCAGCCGCUUGUUAUUGAAGAUUUUCUCAUGCCUCGUCCUAAAGCUAAUGAAGUUCUCGUCAAAACCAAGGCAUGUGGAGUAUGCCACACUGAUCUUCAUGUGAUAAAAGGUGAACUUCCAUUUGCCAGCCCUUGUAUCCUUGGCCAUGAGAUUACGGGUGAAGUUGUAGAACAUGGUCCUCUUACUGAUAGCAAAAUCAUCAAAAGGUAUCCUGUUGGAUCACAUGUUGUUGGAGCUUUUAUCAUGCCAUGUGGUAACUGUUCCUUUUGUUCAAAGGGGCAAGAUGAUCUCUGUGAGGAUUUCUUUGCUUAUAACCGGUUAAAAGGAACUCUUUAUGACGGUGAAACACGAUUAUUCCUUAGAAGCAAUGGUAAACCAGUGUACAUGUACAGCAUGGGAGGCCUUGCAGAAUAUUGUGUUGUUCCAGCACAUGGAUUAACUGUACUGCCGGACUCAUUGCCAUAUACCGAGUCAGCAAUUUUAGGCUGUGCAGUAUUUACUGCUUAUGGUGCAAUGGUUCAUGCUGCUCAAAUGCGUGGUGGGGACACAGUUGCCGUGAUUGGUAUUGGUGGGGUUGGAUCCAGUUGUUUGCAGAUAGCACGUGCUUUUGGUGCUUCUACCACUAUUGCUGUGGACGUUAGCGAUGAAAAGCUGGAGAAAGCAAAGGCUGUUGGUGCCACUCACACAGUUAAUGCUCAGAAAGAAGAUGCAGUUGAAAAAAUCAAAGAAAUUACUGGAGGAGUUGGUGUUGAUAUUGCCAUUGAGGCUCUGGGAAAACCACAAACUUUCCAACAGUGCACACAAAGUGUUCGUGAUGGAGGAAAAGCUGUCAUGAUUGGCAUUGGUGAUUCCAGGGCUAGAGGAGAGGUCGAUAUAAACCGUCUUGUUCGUAGACAGGUGAAAAUUAUUGGUUCAUAUGGAGCAAGAGCUAGACAGGACCUACCCAAGAUAGUUAAACUAGCAGAAACGGGGGCAUUCAAUCUAAGCUCAGCAGUUUCAAAAAUAUAUGACUUUGAAGAUGCAGAUAAGGCAUACCAACAUCUCAGUCAGGGCACCAUUAUUGGCCGUGCUGUCAUCAAUAUUGCUUGAUAGCUGUUCUGCGUGGAUGACGAGCCUUGGUCUUGUUUGGCAUCCAAAGAAUAAAAAUAAGAUGUUUGUGAAGCCAAUUGCAUAUGUGCUAAAUGUAUCAACACAAUGAUUGUUAUUUAAUUAUCUGGUACAUUUUUAAAACAUCCAAUAAUAAUUAUGCAUUUUGGUACUCGUAA